CAUGAUAGUGUGAGACCACAUCCUGAAGGGGGGGUUUGUGCACAAGUGGUUAUCUUCGCCUGCAGUGGCUGAUGGAACUUCAGCAUGAAGCUGAACAGCUGAGUGUCUGUUUUUUUUUUUAAUUAAUGAGGAAAGCUUCUCCCAUUCACUGCAAUCAUUCCACCAGGGGGGACACAGCCUGCUGCGUGGGGAUGGAGAUACACAGACAGCAUAGUAAACAAUCCUGCGGGGGGAGAGCUGGAGGAGGACGCACGCAGCAAAGUUACUCUGAUUAAAAAAAUAUAUAUUUAAAAAAACCGUCCAUUUCUCAGGCGCGUGGAAACCGCACGCGGCGUCAGCUGAUCGCCGGGAUCCGCAGGUUCAUAAAACUUCGAAGCCCCGCCCACUCGGCAGCCAGCGUCUGUUUACGAAAAGUCACGGGAAUGGCAUGAAGCUGGAGGGAACAGAGGAGACAUGGCACAGCAGCGCGCAGCCGGCGGAGGGGUGACCGGGAACGUUACCGGGAAGUCCGUCAGCUGGCCGCCUCGCGCCGCCUGACGUUCCCGCCAGCAGCCGCGUGGCAGCUCGCGACGCUUCCAGGGUUCGGCCGUGGAGAUAUAUCUGACUAUUGUGGAAUUAUCGCCUCCAUUCAGUUAAAAAAAACUAUGACGAAGCGUAAAAGACGCAACACUGGGAAUUUAUGAGCCUGGAAUUUUCGUCGAUUCUACAGCUUGAAAAAAAAAAAAAAAAAUUAAAGAAAAAAAAAUGGAAAGCCCAACCGAGAAUCCCACCAAGGCUGCGGAAUAUCUGAAGGAGCUGAACAAAAUCAUUGAGACCCAGCAGGAGUUGCUGGAGAGGCAGAAGGGGAGGAUAGAGGAGCUGGAGCAGCAAGUGUCCGACCUGUGCUCGGAGAACGCCUGCCUCAAGGAGCAGUACCAGCGGCACCUGCUCACCUGCAGGCUGCUCCAGGGCAGCAACAGCCUGGCCACGCUGGGGGCCAUCAGGGAGCAUGUCACCCAGGAGAAAUCCGAGUGUGACCCGUCCAGAAUGGUCAGAAGACACGCAUCUCUACCGCUGGAAGCCACCGAGAAUCCCCUGAGGAUGGUGUCUGAAGGUUGCAGGAGAGUCACCCCCUGUCGCCCGUGGAAAUCGGCUUCCUUUGGUGUGGAAGGGGAUGGACGGCCCGGUGAUAGCGGCCCUUCCUCGGACGGUGGAGCCAGUUAUUGUCAGGGCCCGGUGACACACGGCUCUGCCAUCAGCCCCGACCGAUUCGACAGCCCGCUGUACAGCCACGGGGUCCAGCCGGGGCCACAGAGGCCCCGUCGGCCCAAACUUCAGCACUCACAGUCCAUUCUCCGAAAGCAGGCUGAGGAGGAGGCCAUCAAGCGGUCCCGCUCGUUAUCUGAAAGCUAUGAGCUUUCUGCAGACCUCCAGGAUAAACAGGUGGAGAUGCUGGAGCGUAAAUACGGUGGAAGAUUCAUAACUCGACAUGCAGCUCGCACCAUCCAGACAGCCUUCCGCCAGUACCAGAUGAACAAGAACUUUGAGCGCCUCCGAAGUUCCAUGUCAGAGAAUCGCAUGUCCAGACGCAUCGUUCUCUCUAACAUGAGGAUGCAGCUGUCUUUCGAAGGCCCUGAGAAAGUGCACAGCUCCUAUUUCGAAGGGAGACAAGUGUCCAUGACAGAGGAUGGCACCCCGGUAUCUAUGGUGCAGUCUGGAGAUAUAGAAGUGCACCAGCAGCCGAACAUGACGUCUCACCCCGUGCAGCAGGCUGACCUGACGGAUGCCAUCACGGAGCUGGAGGACGCCUUCUCCAGGCAGGUCAAGUCUCUGGCCGAGUCGAUAGACGAUGCACUGAACUGCCGCAGCCUUCAGGGGGAUGAGGGCCCUGACCCCGAGUCCAUAGACCGCUCUGAGGUAGUGGGAGAAGUGUCCUAUAAGGUUAAGCCUCACCGCAGGACAGCUGGGCGAAUGCGUGAUGACGCAAUGGCUUCCUAUAGUGAUGUUACUCUGUUCAUCGACGAGGAGGACAUGCCCCCCUCUGUCGCUUUGUCGAGGUCAGGAGAUCAGCAGUCCAGCACAGAAUCAGACUUACGGUUGCGGUCGGUCAACUCCUCGCAGGAGUAUUGGCCUAUUGACCCCAAAGAUGAGGGUCGUGACACAGACACGAGCUGCCGCAGCACUCCUUCUCUGGAGUGCCAGGAGCAGCGACUCCGAAUGGACCACCUCCCUCUGCUGACCAUAGAACCUCCCAGCGACAGUUCUGCCGAGCUCAGCGACCGCUCCGACCGCGGUUCAGUCAAACGAACGCCUGUGUACGAACCUCACGGCCACAUCGUCACGUCGUCGCAGGCGAGCCCCAAACACAUCUCCCACGGGCCCCCGCCAAGAGCUCCCUCCCGAGACGACGACGCCCCCUUGCGCCACCGCCACCGACAGCUCGAGAGCCACUUGGCUAUAAACGGUUCCGCCAACAGGCAAAGCAAGUCCGAAUCCGACUUCUCCGAUGGAGACAACGACAGCCUCAACAGCACGUCCAACUCUAAUGACACCAUAAACUGCAGCUCCGAGUCCUCGUCCAGAGACAGCCUGCGGGAGCAGACGCUGAGUAAGCAGACUUACCACAAGGAGACUCGGAACAGCUGGGAUUCACCCAUCUUCAGUAACGAUGUUAUUCGCAAGAGACACUACCGCAUUGGCCUCAAUCUUUUCAACAAGAAGCCAGAGAAGGGCAUCCAGUACCUGACGGAGCGGGGCUUCAUCCCGGACACUCCGGUUGGAGUGGCACACUUCUUACUUCAGAGGAAGGGGCUCAGCAGGCAGAUGAUUGGGGAGUUUCUUGGUAACCGGCAAAAGCAGUUCAAUAGAGAUGUGUUGGACUGUGUGGUCGAUGAAAUGGACUUCCAGAGUAUGGAGCUCGAUGAAGCCCUCCGAAAGUUUCAGAACCACAUUCGUGUGCAGGGGGAGGCUCAGAAGGUUGAGCGGCUCAUUGAAGCAUUCAGCCAGCGCUACUGCAUCUGUAACCCCACAGUGGUGCGGCAGUUUCGAAAUCCCGACACCAUCUUCAUCCUCGCCUUCGCCAUCAUCCUCCUCAACACCGACAUGUACAGCCCCAACGUCAAGCCUGAGAGGAAGAUGAAACUGGAGGAUUUCAUCAAGAAUUUAAGAGGGGUGGACGAUGGAGAGGACAUACCUCGGGAGACUCUGGUCGGCAUCUACGAGAGGAUUCGUAAGCGAGAGCUCAAGACCAACGAGGAUCACGUCUCACAAGUGCAGAAGGUUGAGAAGCUCAUCGUGGGAAAGAAACCGAUUGGAUCCCUCCACCAUGGCCUGGGAUGUGUGCUGUCACUUCCCCAUCGCCGGCUGGUGUGCUACUGCCGCCUGUUUGAAGUGCCAGAUCCCAACAAACUUCAGAAGCUCGGCCUCCAUCAGCGGGAGAUCUUCUUGUUCAAUGACCUCCUUGUGGUAACCAAGAUUUUCCAGAAGAAGAAGAAUUCUGUUACAUACAGCUUCAGACAGUCUUUCUCUCUGUAUGGGAUGCAAGUUUUGCUGUUUGAAAAUCAGUAUUACCCAAAUGGAAUCAGACUUACAUCAGCCAUCCCGGGGGCAGACAUGAAAGUGCUCAUCAACUUUAAUGCCCCCAACCCCCAGGACCGCAAGAAGUUUACAGAUGACCUCCGGGAGUCCAUCGCUGAGGUCCAGGAAAUGGAGAAAUACAGGAUAGAGUCCGAGCUGGAGAAGCAGAAGGGGGUGGUGAGGCCCAGCAUGUCGCAGAGCUCCGGCCUGAAGAAGGAAGCCGGGAACGGCAACAUGAACCGCGCCAGUCUGGACGACAGCUACGCCAUGGGCGAGGGCCUGAAGAGGAGCGCCCUCAGCAGCUCGCUGCGGGACCUCUCCGAAGCAGGCAAGCGGGGGCGCCGCAGCAGUGCAGGAUCACUAGACAGCAAUAUGGAAGGGUCCAUCAUUAGCAGCCCCCACACACGAAGGAGAGACCCCCCGCCACGAGAGGGCGCCCCCCGUGGUCACCCCUCCUCCAUCCCGAACGCCGCCUCCUCUUCCAUCCUCGGCUCGCUCUUCGGCAGCAAGCGAGGGAAGCCGCCGUCUCAGAGCCACCCCCCCCUGGUGGCGCCCGGCCACCCCACCCUCAUAUCCCACAAGCCCCACCCGACCAACCUGCACCACACGGCGCAGGCGGUGCACGCGGCGCAGCUCCACGGUCACCAGUACUGCCAGCAGAUGCCGCAGAACCCCCCGCCCUACCACCACCACCACCACUACCACCCGCCCCCCCACACGCAGUACCACCAGCACCCGGCCUUUGGCUCGCACGCGCACCCGCACGCCCACCACUACGGCCCGCAUUCCCACCACGCCCCGCACGGGCCCCACCACCACGCCCAGCAGGCGGGCUCCGCCCCCGGCGCGCCCAAACCCAAACACAGUGGCAUCAGCACCGUAGUGUGAUGCUGCUGACGCAAACGGGACGAGGGACAAUCGCUUACACCAAAGGGACUGACAGCAUAACUCUAUGGCCUGUCCACUGUGUUCAGCUGCCGUGGUGGGAACCACACGCAGCCUCCUCCUCACUUCCAGGUCCAACCAAUAUGCAGGACGGAAAUCGGACUCCAAUCUUCCACUAGGGGCCUUUUACUAGUCUGCCUGAUGAGAGGCUCGCGCCCCGUCAGGGUUUUGUGUGGGUGGGAAAGGGUCGGUGGGGGGUUUGCACAGGAAUACUCUCUUUUUAUUUCUUUUUUUUAUUUUUUUUUCCUCACACACCGCCAGUCUGUGACGGCUAGUCUCCGCAUGCCGCUCCUCCUCCUCCUCCUUCAUUCCUCUGUCUCACAUUAUUAGGAGGAAAGAUGCUCUGAGAUUAAAACAAAAAAAACAAAAACACACAUGGCUAAACUGUUUUCACGUCGUUUUGAACCGUCUUUGGUUUGCAGGUUUUACCAUCAUAUGAGAAUGCUAUUCGUUGUUGCCUCCUGUAGAGCUCAUAUAUAGUGACAAAUCUAGAUAUAAUCAUUUCAUACUAACUUAAAUCAAAGGACAGGUAAACAACCCGAGUCAGCCAUCGUAGUUCUAGUGCUGUAUUUACUGUAGAUGACAGCUAUAUGUGUUGUCUCUUAGCUCUCAUAAAUAAAUGUGCCAAUUAUUAAUGCAUAAUCUAUUUAGUCGAGACUUAAUGUACAGUAUAUUGUGUGUAAAGUAAUUUCGUAAGCUUAUACAUACGAUUAUUAUCAGCAAAAAUGACAGUAUCAGUAUUCUACUGGCUGUGGAGCCCGGAUCUAGACCUGAAAGGAGGGCACUCCGCUUCAGUUUGGCCUUUAAUCUCGAUGAGAAACGCUUCAGCUGUCGCACCACGAGGCUGCAGACUCCAAAAUAAGAGCCUCCGUUACUGUUACAAAUAAAAGUCUGCGACGUGUGCAACAGCUGCUCUCUUAAGUUAAUUUUUUUUAAUUUACUUUUGCCUUGUUUGGAAUUUAGCAUUCGCCGCACGAUUUGCCGAAUGAAUAAAAUCAACUCACGCAGUGAGAUUUUCCGUUUUUUUCUAUCAUUUGUGCAAUAUCUUUGUUCUGAUUUUGUAAAUCAAGUUCUCCCUCUUCUUUUGUGUUCGACAUUUUCCGUGCUUAUUUAUUUAUUCCUGUUUUUUUUUGUUUUUUUUCCGCCCCUGUCCGAGUCUUUUCUUGGCGAGUUACUGUCUGGAUGUCCUCGUGGUCUUAUGGGAGGUGCAGAUCUGGAGUUUAGUGGAAUGUCUAGUUGAGUGAGUUUGUUUGCAUGUAAUGUUAUCGAUGUGGGGUAAAUCCUCUGCACAUGAUACGACAAAAUCAGUGUUACCAUAGCAGGAAUGAAGUGCAAUCGUGUUCAAUCGAGAGUCUGCCGUCUCGUCCAAGACGAGAUUCAGGUGAGAUGAAGAAAAACGUCUUUUUUUUUUGUUUUUUUUCCUCAUUAAAAGUAUCGCUCACAGUGGAACGAAGAAUGUGUGUAUAUAUAUUUUAAUAAAAGGAAAAUUGAUCUUCUUGGGUUGAACUAUUUUGCUGGAAAAGCACAUAUGAAAAACAACCAUUUUUUUCAGGAAAUGCAGUUAUAACAUAGAUAAUGCAAGCUGAACAAACUGGUAUAUAUAAAGAAUAUCUUUCUACCGUCUAAGAAGAGUCUAUUCUAGUGUGUAAAUUAGUGACAGUAAACUGUUUGUCCCAAUAUUCAGGUUGUAAAUGUAUUCUAAUGACCCUCAUGAAGAAUCCGUUGCCACGAGAGACAUAUCACGUGAUCAGCUGAAUGUGUCCAUCAUUUCAGAUGUCCGAUUUAUUUUGAUUUUCGGGUGUGUUGUAGCGCUUCACUUGUGAGAAAGUCCCCCAACAAUGCACUGCAUGGAUCGGAUGCAUCACUGUUCACUGUGAGCUGAUGGGGAAGGAGAUCAGCCUUUACAUUGGGACUCCUCUGUUUUUUUGGUUUGGAGUCCUCGGUGAUGAGGAGCUCUUUUCCAUGUAGUCACUGAAGCUCAGCAUGCAUUUCAUCACCAUCCUGUAAAUUACCGACAUAAAUAAGCAUUGCACUUUCGUUUGAGGGCUUUCAUCGUGUAAAUAUUGGGGGAUUUUGAUGUGUGAGCGGACGGACGACUGUAAAGGGACCACGACUUUGGUUAUUUGAGAUGUACAUACUGUGUAUACGAUCAGCGCUCUAUUCUCAUAUCUGCCGUUCGGGUCAGGAUGUACAUACAUCGCCUCAUGGGACGGACGUGAUAAACGAACAUAUCGAUUGUCUCUGCCUGCAGCUGCAGUGAACGGACAUCUGCUGUGGAAAUCUAAUGACAGACUGUUAGAAAAGGGUGCUGCAAACGUCCAGCUCGGUCGCCACCACCCACCUCCACCCGCGAAAAAAAUGGCUUGAGACGCAUUUUUGGAGAAAGCAAAGACGGGAAUGGCCUCAUUUGUGUGUGCAUUCAGUUUGUACAGUGAAUAGUCAGUCAGUAAGACCCCAGUUAUUGUAAAACUACAACUGUGACAAUGUUGAGAACGUAAAAUAAACAAAUAUAUGAGUUAUGGUA